AUGGUUAGGCUACAGGCUUUGGCGAAAGCCGCCGUUCUCCUGUCUUCAGUCAGCUCAACCCUGGCCGCUGCACAAUGCACCCCCGCAACACCAGACAAGCCCCGCGUCUUCCUCCUCAGCGACAUCGCCAACGAGCCCGACGACGCCCAGUCGCUCGUGAGGCUUCUCGUAUACUCCAAUGAGCUCCGCGUCGAAGGCCUCGUCGCCACGACGAGCAUCUGGCUCAACGACACCACACGCCCGGACCAGAUGCACGACAUCGUCGACGCCUACGAGGAGGUGCGGCCCAACUUGCUGAAGCAUGCGACCGGGUACCCCGAGGCGGGCUAUCUGAGGGAUCUCAUCACGUCAGGUCUUCCCGUCUAUGGUAUGUACGGCGUUGGAGAGGGCAAGGACAGCGAGGGCUCGAAGAGACUGGUGAAAGCCGUCGACGCCUCGGACGAGCCCUUGUGGGUUCCGGUAUGGGGUGGUGCUUCGGUCCUUGCACAGGCGCUGUGGCACGUCAACGCGACGAGGUCGCCGGCGGAGAUUGAGAAGUUCGUCUCCAAGCUGCGCGCCUACAGCAUUUCGGACCAGGACAACACCGGAUCUUGGAUCCGUCGCAACUUCCCCCAGCUCUUCUUCAUCGCCAGCAUCCACCACUUCAACCGCUAUGCCCUGGCCGCCUGGGGAGGGAUCUCGGGCGACCAGUACUACAACUUCCCGAGCCUCGCCAGCAGAGACGUCGUGUCUGCGGACUGGAUCAAGGAGAACAUCCAGCGCGUCAGCCCCCUCGGCGCGAAGUAUCCCGACACCGACUUCAUCGUCGAGGGAGACACGCCGUCUCUGCUAUACCUCAUCCCGAACGGACUCUCGGACCCGGAGCACCCGGAGUGGGGCUCCUGGGGAGGCCGGUACGGCCCCGUCACAUACGGCGAGGGCCAUUUCGCCGAUAGCGUGGACGUCAUCAAGGAUUCCGGGAAGACCAUCAUGAGCUCUCAGGCCACCGUGUGGAGGUGGAGGGAGGCGUUCCAGAAUGACUUUGCCGCCCGUAUGAAGUGGACCGGCAGCUCCGGGUUCGACGGGGCGCCGCAUGCCCCGGUCGUGGUCUUGAACGGGGACAAGUCUCGCAAGGUUGUCAAGAUGGUGGUUAAGGAGGACCAGGAGAUCGGGCUCGACGCCAGGGAGUCGUGCGAUCCCGACGGAGGAGACCUUACGUACAAAUGGUGGCAGUACCUGGAGCCGUCCUCGAACAAUAACAGCCCCGGGCGGGACGUCGGCAAGCUCGAGCUGAGCGACACGAACUCGGCCAUCAUCACCGUUACCAUGCCCUCGAAGGAGGUACUCCGGGCCGAGGGACGCAACCGCCACCCGGAGGAAGACAAGCAUUUGCAUCUCAUUCUCGAGGUCUCGGACGGAACGCUGGUGUCGUACCGCAGGGUUAUCUUCACCAUCCCAGCACCCAAAGCUGGCGAGGCGACGUCGUCAGGCGAGAAGGCGGCGGAGAAGGCUGGUGCUCAUGAUGAAUUGUGA